AACACGGCCUUUUUCCCACCCUUCAUGUCUUGCAAUAUAUAUACCCUGUAUAUCUAUACUCCACUUCUGUCAACCACCAAUCCUCUUCUUGCAUUGAAACAACACUGCCCAGUUUUUCAUUAGAGGAAAAGCAGCGAGGAAUUGGUGAAUAAAACAGAGCUGAAGACUGAGAGGAAGUUAGAGGGGAGGGAAGAAAUGGCAACUGAUAAGGUGGUGGAGACUGUAAUUGUUGGGAAUUAUGUCGAGAUGGAAACUGAAGCGAAGCCUAAGGAGGGCAUGAAAAGCAGGAUUUCUAAACUCUUUUGGCAUGGUGGUUCUGUUUAUGAUGCCUGGUUUAGCUGUGCUUCUAAUCAGGUGGCUCAAGUGCUGCUUACAUUGCCAUACUCAUUUUCUCAGCUGGGGAUGCUCUCUGGCAUUCUCUUUCAGCUGUUCUAUGGUUUGAUGGGUAGCUGGACAGCUUAUCUCAUUAGCAUACUCUAUAUCGAAUAUAGAACAAGGAAAGAAAGAGAAAAAGUUGAUUUCAGGAACCAUGUCAUUCAGUGGUUUGAGGUUCUUGAUGGGCUCCUUGGAAAACACUGGAGGAACGUGGGUUUGGCAUUUAACUGUACUUUUCUUCUGUUUGGAUCUGUUAUUCAACUCAUAGCUUGUGCAAGCAACAUAUAUUAUAUAAAUGAUAAUCUGGACAAAAGGACUUGGACUUACAUCUUUGGGGCUUGUUGUGCAACCACAGUCUUUAUUCCUUCAUUUCACAAUUACAGAAUCUGGUCAUUUCUUGGCCUUGUAAUGACCACCUACACUGCGUGGUAUCUCAGCAUUGCCUCCCUCCUCCAUGGCCAGGUUGAGGGAGUUCGACAUUCUGGUCCAACCAAGCUGGUGCUGUAUUUCACCGGGGCCACAAACAUUCUCUACACCUUUGGAGGACAUGCUGUUACUGUGGAGAUCAUGCAUGCAAUGUGGAAGCCUCAGAAGUUCAAGGCUAUAUACCUGAUAGCCACACUGUAUGUGCUGACGCUGACACUUCCCUCGGCUGCAGCUGUCUAUUGGGCAUUUGGAGACAUGCUUCUUAAUCACUCAAAUGCCUUUUCUCUUCUCCCAAGAACUCCCUUCAGAGACAUGGCUGUCAUUUUAAUGCUCAUCCACCAGUUCAUAACAUUUGGAUUUGCAUGCACGCCUCUAUAUUUUGUGUGGGAGAAAGCAAUUGGGAUGCAUGAGUGCAAGAGCCUGUGCAAGAGAGCAGCAGCAAGAUUGCCUGUGGUCAUUCCCAUUUGGUUUUUGGCCAUUAUUUUCCCAUUCUUUGGACCCAUAAACUCUACCGUCGGAUCCCUCCUUGUUAGCUUCACUGUCUACAUCAUUCCUGCACUGGCUCACAUAUUCACCUUCAGAUCAGCCACUGCCCGAGAGAAUGCAGUGGAGCAACCAUCGAAGUAUUUUGGAAGAUGGGUGGGGGCAUAUACGAUAAAUGUCUUCGUUGUGGUGUGGGUCCUGGUUGUUGGGUUUGGAUUUGGUGGGUGGGCGAGCCUGACCAAUUUCAUCCACCAGAUUGACACAUUUGGGCUCUUCACAAAGUGUUAUCAAUGUCCACCACCAGCACUGCCAGCUUCACCCCGACCCCAUGGCCUCAACGCCACCGCAGCUGCUCCUCCACACCACCCCUUCAACCACACUCGCAGCCCUUAAUUUGUCUCACUGCCUGGAUUUGCUCAAUUCCAGGGGGUUCCCCUCAUGGAUUAACUAAAAUCGCAACCAUGCACGAACAUGUCAUCGUGUCAUUUGAACACUUUGGUCAUCUUUGUUACUUUAGGCAGUAGACGGAGAAGAUAGAAGUUGGAGUUAAAUGGAAAUUCACAAAUCACAUUAAUCUUUGGCUAGUAAAAUCAAUUCUGUAUACACACAAUGCCAUCCAAUUAUCUCUUUUUUUCUCCACUCUUUACUUUUCUCUGUUCAAACGCUUAGCCUAAUAAUUUUUCAGUAGGAAAUGAAUGAUAGAAAUAUGAAACUGAAAGCUUUCUAAUUGGGAUAUACUAUUAUGAAGUAACCUUUCCUUGUAUCAAGCAAGUAUAAGAUUACUGUUUCUAUAAAGGAAGCUGUAGCAAAUAGCCAAAAACGAGUUGCAGAACAGAGAAAGAAAAUGCUUCUUUGCAGUUCUCUAUUGCAAAU